AUGCAUACGUAUCAGAUGUCACCGAGGAUUCAAUUGGAGGAUACUCCAGUGCAGACACUUAGAUUUCGUCCAUUAGGUUCACUAACCCGAGCCAAACUCUAUGAAAACAACAAAUCCGAUAGCCGUGUGGUUGCAGUGAAGUCAAAGUUUGGGGUAGAUGUCCGAAGGAUAUCGCUACGUAUUGGUCCUGGAGCAAGCCCAAGCUUUGAAGAAUUCUACUCAAAUUUACGUAAGCUUCAUGAACUCACUGGUGAAAAUGCGUGGGACGUGUCCUUAACUUAUCUUUCGCGUGAAAAAGAACGCCUUCCAAUUUCCAAUGACGAGAACUUAAAGAAGGCACUAGAAUGUGGGCCUGAUAUUUUACGGAUACUUGUACAGAAGAGGGGCGAAUCUUUGGAAGAGAAAUAUGGUUACGGUCUCCCUAGCACCAGCAUUUUGAGGAAGAAAAGAACAGUCUCUAUAUCAAAUCCUCAAGAUUUCAGAAGAGUUUCUGGUAUUGUUGAUGCUGACAUAUUACCAGUUGAAUACAGAAGAGUCAGAUUAUGCAAAUAUCACAAUAAUAAACCGCUUGGAUUUUAUAUUCGAAAUGUGAUUGAACGGUUUACACCUUGGGGGCCGAUAACAAUGAACGGCAUCUUUAUCAGUCGUCUGGUUGAAAAUGGUUUGGCUGCAUCCACUAACCUUUUGGCAGUCAACGACGAAAUUCUUGAAGUCAAUGGGAUUGAGGUUGCUGGGAAGACAUUGGAUCAAGUGACGGACAUGAUGAUUGCCAAUGCUUCAAACUUGAUAUUAACAGUCAAGCCAGCAGUGCAGCCGCAGUGGCAACUUCCACUGCAACCACUUUUUCCUCCUCCUCCUCCUCCGUACACGAGUCUGGUGCCAGUUUUAAGGUCGAUGCCUACUGACAACCGUUUGUGCACCAAUGCAAUUCGAGUUUCUGAAACAAAGGAUCGUCCGCAGAGUCUUCGUUCAGGUGCUUCACGAAUAUCUUCGGACGGGUCACCACAAAACUACAUCACGCUGAGAAAUAAAAGUCGUGAAGUUACUAAGUUAUUUAAACGGCCUUACAGUGUCCAUUUUGAACACUUAUCAGUGGCCAAACCGUUCAACAUUACUGUCUUCUGA